AUGGUAUGGACAUGUUCCGGAACACUCCGAGGCCUCGCGGCUCUCCUUUCAUCCUGGACCUGUCUUGUCCUUGGAUAUGCCAUCGACGUCGGGGGGCAUAGCAGUGUAUUGUCUGGGCGUGCCGACCCCAAUCUAGCCGGCUACCUAGGAGUGUUCUUCCUCGGAGCCGACCCCUUCGUCUACUUCUAUCUCAGCAAUGGCAACGACCCUCUCUCGUUCAAAGCUUUGAACAGGGGCUCGCCGAUCAUCAGGCCGACGAAAGGGACCGGAGGCGUCCGGGACCCAACCGUCAUUCCCGGAGGUGGGAGUGAAGCUGGAACGAAAUGGUACAUCAUAGGAACAGACCUAGACAUUGGGAAGACAUCGUGGGAUGCAGCACAGCGGACCGGGUCGAGGGGGAUCUUUGUCUGGGAGAGCACGGAUCUCAUCAACUGGGGCAACGAGAGGCUUGUGAUUGUGGAAGAUGCCACCGCUGGCAUGGUCUGGGCUCCGGAAGCGAUAUGGGAUCCUGCGAAAGGGCAAUACCUCGUCCACUGGGCAUCCAAGUUUUACGGAACCUCCGAUCCCGGCCAUACUGGCUCGCCGUCCAACACCCGCAUUCGCUACGCCUACACAAGCGACUUUAAGACAUUCACUACGCCUCAGACCCUCAUCGACAAAUCCCCAACCAACAUCAUCGACCUAACCUUCCUCCCACUCAACGGCGCCAGCUCAAAUUCUUUUCUCCGCUUCAUGAAGGACGAAACGCGCAAGACAGUCUUCGUUGAGGUCUCCAGUACAGGCCUCUUCGGCACGUGGACCAGACCCGGAGGGGAUUCAGCCAUCAUUCAGAAAGGAGUUGAAGGCCCGGCGGCGUACUGGGAUAAUACGGUGCCAGGAAAGGUACAUUUGCUGCUGGACUUUUAUGGGGAGGAUGGGUACAGGCCCUACGAGAGCUCCGAUCCGGCGAGUAACAGCGCAUGGACAGCAAGCAACAGGGCAGCGUUUCCGAGAAACCUGAGACACGGAAGCGUGUUGCCUGUUGACCGCAAGGCUUAUGAGGCGUUGAGGGCGCGGUGGGGGUGA